AUGAACAGUUUACGCCGUAUUGGCACCAUUGUUUCGAGUCGUCCCGAUUAUGGGCUAAUUAAUUCAACAGCAUUACGCCCUCCCGUAUCUGACUUUGUUCGACGCUCGCAGCAGACAAAUCUAAUUAGUAUUGAUUGUUUGCCUCAAAUAUCUGCGAACUGUCACAAUAACUCUCUUAAAUUCUGUCUAGUCAACAGUCGCUCAGUCAGGAAUAAGACCGGAGAUAUCGCUGACUACAUCGUGCAUGAUUGCAAGCCCGAUAUUCUUGCAAUUACGGAAUCUUGGCUGGGCAGGGAUGAUGAUGCGGUACGAGCUGAGUUAUGUCCUGAAGGUUACGAAAUGGAUGAUCACGUGCGUGGCAUGCGUCGCGGUGGAGGAAUUGCCUUGUUGUAUCGAGAUUUUCUUGGUGUGACAAAAGUGGAUGCAGGGAACAAGAAAUCAUUUGAGUUUUCUGAGUGGCUGGUUAACUCAUCGUCUGCACAUCAACUACGUAUUCUUGUUGUCUACCGACCUCCUUAUUCAAGUGAACACAGGAUACCCGUGAGUGUGUUCUUGGCUGAGUUUUUUAGUCAUCUAGAACCGUUGUUACUGUGCAAGGAACCGCUAUUGAUUUGUGGCGAUUUUAACAUACACGUUGACUCCACUGAAGAUCCUGAUUCUGUUAAGUUUUGUGAUCUACUUGAAUCGGUUGGAUUGCGGCAGCAUGUGAAUCAAGCUACCCAUGUUAAUGACCACACCCUUGACUUAAUAAUAACACGUUUUUCGGAUGAUAUUAUGGAUGGCAGACCGGGCAUUGAUCGGUUUAUAUCGGACCAUGCCGCUGUUGUCUGUCAUCUUGCAGCUCCAACGUCAUUGAUAUCGUAUCGAAAAAUAACUUAUAGGAAGUUGAAGUCUGUGGACCGCGAUGUUCUCAGGGAGGAUCUGGCAGCUACAUCACUGUGUACCUCCCGUUAUUGUGAGACGGAAUAUCGGCGAGACGAGAACAGCAUUGACGCUUUGGCACGUGAAUACAACUUAACUCUCAAGAAAUUGACUGAUCGACAUGCUCCACUAAAAACAAAAGUGCUUCGGGCGAGACCAUCUGCUCCUUGGUACAAUGUGGAUAUUGACGCAGCUAAGAGACGACGUAGGAAGGCUGAAAGAGUGUGGCGGAAAAGCAAAUCACUGGCUGACUUUACUGAGUUUAAGUCUUCUAGAAAUCGUGUGACUUAUUUAAUAAACAAAGCAAAGAAAACAUAUUACACUGACUUCAUUUCGGACAACAGUGAAAAUCAAGGUAAGCUUUUCCGUGCGGCAAGUAAACUGUUAACCACCAAGAACGAAUUAAACUUCCCAAAUUAUACCAACAAUACUGCGCUCUGUAAUGAUAUUGGGGAGUUCUUCGUGCGAAAGGUCUCUAAGAUUCGCUCUGAUGUGGAUCGGCCUGUUCUUGAUGAAGAAUCAUGUGCUCCUGUACCCAGUGAUCGUUGCGUGCCAUCUGAUGGUAGUGUUACCCUGGAGUCGUUCCGUUUGCUCAGUGAAGAGGAAGUUCGAGCUCUGGUUAUUGCCUCACCCAAGAAGUACUGUGACUUGGAUCCAAUGCCAAUGCCAUUGGUGAUUGAUUGUCUGGAAUUGUUACUACCUAUAAUUACUCAUCUAGUCAAUAGUUCGCUUAUCAAUGGAUAUUUUCCAACUGAUUGGAAAGAGGCUCUAGUAAAACCCCUUCUAAAAAAACCAGGACUAGCUGCUUUGUUCAACCAUCUGCGUCCGAUCAGUAACUUGCAGUUUAUCUCUAAACUAGUUGAGCGAGCAGUUUAUGAUCAGAUCUAUGACCAUUUGAUGUUGCAUGAUUUAUUCCCGGAGUAUCAGUCCGCAUACAGGCAAGGAUAUAGCACUGAGACCGCCCUUCUGAAGGUCCAAAACGACAUACUUUUGAAUAUGGAUUGUCAGCAGGUUACCCUUCUUGUUUAUCUGGACCUUAGUGCAGCGUUCGAUACUGUCGAUCACAACAUUUUAUUGCACCGAUUGGAAACAUCUUUUGGGAUUACAGGAACUGUGCGAAAGUGGUUUGAAUCCUACCUAUCUGGACGAUGUCAGCGAAUAGCAUUUAAAGAUGGAAUCUCUGACAUUUUUCCAUUAACGUGUGGCGUACCUCAGGGCUCAUGUUUGGGACCGCUGCUUUUUACCAUGUAUGCAAGUAAACUAUUUGAUGUUAUUAAAGAACAUUUACCAACUGCGCAUGCAUAUGCUGAUGACACGCAGCUUUAUUUGUCGUUUAAACCAGGGAACGGUGCGAGUGAGGAAGAGAGUAUCGCAGCGAUGGAGACAUGCAUUAAGGCAGUACGUACGUGGAUGACUAGGGACAAAUUGAAACUGAAUGAUAGUAAGACUGAGUUUUUGAUUAUCGGUACAAGGCAACAAUUAAAAAAAGUGAACAUUGUCUCGCUUCCUGUAGGCGAUGUCAACAUUACACCGGUAGCAUCUGCUAGGAAUUUGGGGACUGUGUUUGAUAGCAAUCUGUGUUUGGUACCCCAUAUCAACAAUACAUGUAGACAAGCAUUUUUCCACCUACAUAAUAUUCGCAGAAUUAGAAAAUAUCUCUCCGUUGACGCAACUAAAAUCUUAGUCCAUGCCUUUAUCAUGGGAAGAGUGGAUUAUUGUAACAGCCUUCUCUAUGGUCUUCCAGCGAAGUCUGUGAAUAAGUUACAACGUGUACAGAAUGCGGCAGCCUGGCUGGUUUCCGGUGCUUCUCGUUUCAAUCACAUUACUCCAGUUUUAUAUGAGCUCCAUUGGCUGCCUGUCAAGGAGAGAAUAAUCUUUAAGAUAUCUGUAUUGACUUUUAAAGCAAUACAUGGAUUAGCGCCAUCAUACAUUAGUGAAAUGGUAACAGUUAUGAGACCAAGUAGCUAUCAGCUGCGCAGAAAUAAGGAACUAUUGAUAGAGCCAGCUAAUAACAGAAAUACGAAGAAGACUUUAGGUGAUAGAGCUUUUAGUUUUGCAGCUCCUACAGUUUUUAAUGCCUUGCCGCAUUUUAUCAGACGAGAUAGUAAUUUUAAUAGCUUUAAGUCUUCAUUGA